AUGCCCCCUAGACAGCCUCACAACACCCCUCCUCCGCCCAAUUGGCCCGAAUCCGUCCAAUAUCUCACCAAAUCCCGCCUCUCCCCCUCCUUCCCCGCCCAGCUCAUCCCGCUCAUCAGCUCCUCCACCAAAUUCACACCCAAACCCUCUACUCAUCCCGGACACGUCGUCAUCAAGCGCAUCACGACUCCCGGACAUCCUGCCAACGGUCAGAAUGGACUAUUCGCCAAAGCCAAAAUACCGGCUGGAACGCUGAUCAUCCCUUAUCUCGGUGUCAUUCACGCUUCUUUCGUGCUCGCAGAUCCUGAAAACGACUACGAUCUCUCGCUCCUCCGUAUUUCGGCCAGCGAGCCUCGCAACCCCUUCUCUGGCGUACACAUCUCGAUCGGCGUCGACGCGGAUCAGAGCGGGAACGCCGGGAGGAUGGUGAAUGAUUACAGAGGUGUUGGGACUGCGCCGAAUGCUGAGUUUAGAGUAGGAACGGGAGAAGGAGGGGAUAUGCGGAUGGAGCUGUGGAGUCUGAAGGAAGGGGUCAAGAAGGGGCAUGAGGUGCUAGUCAGCUAUGGGAAGGGAUGGUGGGCUGGACGGAGGGAUGGAGGGGAUUGA